GAUUUUAUUUCGGCAUUCAGUGUUUUGACUGAUAGCAGAUACUUAGCCACUUAAAUCGAAAAGGACAAAAAGAAUGGACUGGAGGAUACUACUUCUGUUUGUCCCACUGAUGCAAGGAGCAUUGUCCCUUACAUGUUUACAAUGUAAAGGUAUCUCACAACCCCGACACUGCAAAUUUGUAGACGAAUGUUUUCCUGGUGAGGUAUGUAGUGUAGAAAAGAUUACUAACUCCUUUGGAGAUACUGUUUACAACGUUGGAUGUAUAACUCAAUUGCUAUGCCACAACACGUCAUUUGCGCAUCAAGGAUCAGACCUCGUAGUAUGCCGUGAAUGCUGCCAGUUUGAUCUGUGCAAUGCCCAAGGGUGCGGAGUGUCUGGAUAUCCACAAAACAGAGGCCCAAUUUGCUACAGUUGUCCCAUGCAGACAAGUCCUGAUACUUGCCAUAAAAUCGCUUUCUGCGAAGCAGGCGACGUUUGCAAGUCUGAUGUCAUGCAUGAAUUCGGAGAUACAAUAUAUACAAGCGAUUGUUCCAGGGCUCACGAAUGUAAACACAAUCAGCAACAAGGGACAGCGAUUAUCGGCCGUGACGUUUCGAAUAUUCAAGGAAAAAGUGAUCAUGUAAAGUCCAAACGUUCGCUGACAGACCACGUUUGUAGUGGCUGUUGUAACAAUGAUUUGUGCAAUAAAGGUUGUAAUGGUACAACACUUGUCGCAGAUCACUGUUCUUCUAGUCCAUGCCUGCAUGGUCGUUGCGAGAAUACCGCAAAUGGAUUUACAUGUAUCUGCGACGAUACGUAUACUGGAGUUACAUGUGAUACUCGUUUCGGGAAAUGUUAUAACAACCCUUGUGUUCAUGGAAAAUGUUAUGGAAACGAAGAGGGCUAUCUGUGUGUUUGUGAAACAGGAUAUGAGGGUCAACGAUGUGAAAACAAGACUGAUUACUGUCAAUCGAGUCCAUGUGUGCAUGGGAGAUGUGUUUCUAACACAGCAAAUUUCACGUGCAUCUGUGGAAGUAAUUUUACAGGAGAAAGAUGCGAAACGGCUAUAGCAGCUGAUUGCUACGACAUUUACACGAAGAACAUCAGCACAAAAAGUGGGGUAUACAGUGUUACGUUGUGGAGAUCAAAACAAAUUAUAGACGUAUAUUGUGACAUGGAUACAUAUCCUUACGGAUGGACGGUUUUUCAGAAACGAUUUGAUGGCUCUGUUGAUUUCUACCGCAAUUUCACAGAGUAUACAGAUGGUUUUGGAAACCUUGGAGGUGAAUUUUGGCUUGGUCUCCGUUAUAUCGAAGAAAUGGCAUCUAAAUAUGAGAGUGAACUUAGACUGAAUGUGGUAGCAGCUGACAAUUCUCAUGUGUACGAGGUCUUUCAAAAUUUCAGUUUAUCGAAAUAUCCAAAUUUUACCCUCCAUCUCGGAUCUCAGACUGUUGAACAAAUAUCAGGUAAUUCAAAUGGACUUUCGUAUUGCAAUGGUUAUGACUUUAGCACAUUCGAUCAUGAUGUGGACACUUCUGACUUAAACUGUGGACAAGUUUAUCAUGGUGGUUGGUGGUACUGGAACUGUGCUCAGUCAAACUUGAAUGGUGAAUAUGUAUCACCACCUGGAGCAAGAUCCAAAUACUACCUAGGAUGGGGAGGUUUCAUCUAUUAUGCAUGGAAACAGCAUGCAACACUUAAAUCUUCACAAAUUAUGUUCAGAAAACACACCUGA